ACGUCACUAAUAUACUAGUUGCAUUCUAGAUUUUUUGCUGAGUUUACCAUUAAAUGUGGAAGUCAACAUCACUUCUUUCUCACUGCCUGUGUCUUAGAUCUCCCCUUUUUUUUGCUUUUUGGGUCUCAAAUUAGUUUCAUAACCAAACCCCUUCCCCCGAUCUCGCCGCGACCGCGCCGCGUUGUCGAUGGAUCCCUCCGCCGCCGCCUCCGCCGCCGGGGACGACGAUGCCCCCCACGUCGUCUUCUUCCCCCUGAUGAACCCGGGGAACACGAUCCCCAUGGUCGACGUCGCGCGCUUCCUCGCGCGCCGCGGCGUGCGCUGCACCAUCGCCACCACCCCGGCCAACGCCGCCUCCAUCCGCCGCACAGUCGAUGCCUCCGCCGCGCUCGGCCACCCUGCCAAGUUCUUCGGCGUCAUCACCUCCCUCCACCACCUCUCCCCCGACCUCUCCUCCCUCCUCGCCGAGCUCCGCCCCGACGCUCUCGUCUCCCCGGGCCUCCUCCCCUGGACCGUCGACGUCGCCGCGGAGAUCGGCAUCCCCCGCCUCCUGUUCGACGCCGCCGGCGCGUUCCCCUACUUCGUCUUCUCCUCCCUCGGCCGCUACUUCCCCCUCCCCGAGUCCGUCGUCGUCGCGGACCUCCCCCACCCGACCCGCGUCUACCGCGAGACCCUACCCGAGACGUUCGGGGACUUCCCGUUCCUCCAGCGCAUCGGCAUCGCCGGAGCUAAAAGCCUGGGCGUGGUGACCAACACGUUCCGCGAGAUGGAGCCCGAGUACGUGGACCGCCUCAAGGCCCGCGGCCGCGCCUGGUGCGUCGGCCCCGUCGCGCUCCUCAACCCCGCCGAUCGGGAGCGGAUCCUAGGGUUCCUCUCCUCCCACCCCGCCGGGUCGGUGGUCUACGCGUGCUUCGGGAGCAUGUGCCGCUUCGGCGCGGCGCAGCUGCGGGCGAUCGCGAGGGGGCUCGAAGCUUCCGGAAGGCCCUUCCUCUGGGCGGUGCGGCGGACGGCUGCCGCGGCGGAGGCGUUGGAGGGGGAUGAGGGGGGAGUGCGGGCCGCGGGCGGGAGGGGGAUGGUGGUGGUGGGGUGGGUCCCGCAGGUGGAGGUGCUGGGCCACGCGGCGGUGGGGUGGUUCGUGACGCACUGCGGCUGGAACUCGAUCCAGGAGGCGGUGUGCGCGGGGAAGCCGAUGGUGACGUGGCCGCUGGGGCAGGACCAGUUCGUGAACCAGGAGCUGGUGGUGGAGGUGAUGGGGGUCGGGGUGCGGAUGUGGGCGGAGGGGGUGCGGAGGAUCAAGCCCAGCGAGGAGGAGGAGGGCGAGGGCGAGGGGAGGGUGCUGGUGACGGCGGCGGAGGUGGCGGAGGUGGUGGGGAAGAGGGUGCUGGUGACGGCGGCGGAGGUGGCGGAGGUAGUGGGGAAGGCGGGGGGAGGGGCGUGGGAGGCGGCGGAGCGGGCGAGGGAGCGGGUGAAGGAUUACAGCGAGAAGGCGCGGAGGGCGGUGGCGGAGGGCGGGUCGACGUACGAGGACAUCGCCGCGCUGAUCAAGGAAUUGGAGGCGGCACGGCUGCGGCGGAAGGCGGCGGAGUGAUCCCAAUCGCAUUAUUCGCCGCCGGUGGCGACGGUAUGUUUGUUGCAGUUUCGUUUCAAUGCAGUAGUUUCCAGGCCCUUUCCGCUUAAUUCUCUUUGUUCAGAUUAUCUCCUGAUUAAUUAAAUAAAUUUAAGCCUCAAAUUUUUUCUCUUCGUUUUAAAUUUUUGGUUUUAAACUGCCGCUGGUUAUUGGAUGAUAUAUAUCCGGAUCGAGAAGAUCUCUACCGUGAGCAGCUUGCAGAAUUGACAACAAUAGCAACAUUCAAAAUUAAUAUUAUCCAUUUGUGCUCACCUUCAAGGGCUAAUGGGAUAGAAAACAUGCCGUUAAUUCUUACUGAUAUAUUUUUCACAGAGUAAUGCUACCUUUCAUUUUUU